AUGUCAGAUGGAGAAGAGGCCAAGCCACCCAAUCCUCUCGCUCCCAACGAUCUGCAGGAUGUAGUGAGCAAGACAUCUAGGAAGCCAGGAGCAGAGCAUUUUACGCCUGGAUUGAAACGUGUGCCGAUGUAUUGGCAUCCGUAUCGAACAAUGGCCAAACAACGUUGGUGGGGUCGAGAGAUUCUGGAAUUGGUGUCAACCGAGUUUAGAGACCGGAGUAUUGAGUAUUAUAGAUAUGCUCUCGAAUCAGGAGUUGUCACCGUAAACGGUGUUGUAGCCAAGCCUGGGACAAUUAUCAAGAAUGGAGAUCGCAUUGAGAAUAUGGUGCAUCGACAUGAGAUUCCCGUGACUUCUACGCCCGUGAAGAUUCUUCACAGGGAUGAUGAGCAUGGCUUUAUUGUGAUAGAUAAACCUGGAAGUAUUCCUGUACAUGCCACGGGCAGAUACUUCAAGAAUAGCCUUGUCGAGAUCCUCAAACGAGACUUCGGUAUUCCCAUCCCAUAUACUGUGAACAGACUUGAUAGGCUUACAUCAGGAUGUAUGAUCAUUGCGCUCACGGCUGAAAGGGCCCGACUGCUCUGCAAUGAGUUUAUUGCCGGAGUCGUACGAAAAGAAUAUAUAGCAAGAUGUUUGGGAGAGUUUCCUGAGGAGCAAGUUGUAGUCGAGCAACCGCUGUUGUGCGUAGAUCGACAGAUGGGCUUGAAUAUUGUGCACCCCGAGGGCAAGCACGCCAAAACAAUAUUCAACAGGCUGUUCUACGACCCAGUAUCGAAUACAAGUGUGCUGCACUGCCAACCACUUACCGGACGGUCUCACCAGAUUCGAGUUCACCUGCAAUUUAUCGGACACUCUAUUGCUAAUGAUCCUGUCUAUCAGAACGUACGGGUAUGGGGCCCGAGAGGAGGGAAAGGCGGUAUAUCCGUAAUUCCUUCGGAAGAAAGGCAGGCCCCUCAACCACCAACAAACAGUCAAUUCAAAUUGCCAGACAUUUUACCCGAGACCUCCGACAAAGCUAGUAUGGAUCGAGUCGCUGGUGCAUUGGCCAACAUAGCGAUCGAGCAGGAUACUACGCCCUUGCCAACACCUGCGAGUAGGACACCAACACCUGGUACCGGGACCCCUCUGCCUCGAGAGACUGGGAAUGAUAUCGGAAUGUCGUCCCCAGUGCCUUUAUCAUCAGAAGCAGUGGGUAUCAUUACCAGGCUAAGAAAUGAAAAAGACGAGAGCGAGGAUUGGGGACGGUGGAGGGACGUGAUCUUCCGGGCCAAAAAGGCACUGAAUCCUGUCGUCGAACGGGAAUGGGAGCGGAUUAAAGAAGACGGAGCGAAUGCAAAUACGUCUGAUCGAGUAAAGGAAAUGGCAUCGUUUGCGGAAGAACAACCUCAAUCCGAAGACAAGCUCCCAGACGAGGUCGCUGUCGCAGAGGAUGGCUCGUUAUAUUGCACCGAAUGUUACCUUCCACUUCGACCGGACCCCAAACCUGAGUCCCUUUACAUUUUCUUACACGCACUAAGAUACACGACAUCACAGUGGUCAUUUGAGACGGAAAUGCCGUUUUGGGCGCACGAAGGCUGGAUUUGGAGCCGACCAGAAGAGACCCAGAGUUGA